AUUUCGACAUUUGACGUAAAUGUCAAAAUAUAAAUCGCAAUAGUUUGUUUUUCUUGGGAAUUUUUGUGAGUUUUUUUGCAUAAAAAAUGACUACAGCUGCUCGUCCAACAUUUGAUCCAGCCCGUGGGGGCUCAGGGAGGGGUGAGAAAGACUUGAGUGCUCUGUCCAAGCAAUAUUCCAGCCGAGAUCUCCCCGGACAUACAAAGCUAAAAUAUAGAGAGCAGGGCCAGAGUACAAGCGACGAGCUUAGGAACCGUGACUUCCGGAAAGAGCUCGAGGAUCGUGAACGCGAGAGUGGGGUAAAAAGCAAGGCCACAACCAUUCCCAUUCCCGCUGUGGUGCGUCGUGCCAUUGAGCAGAACGCUUCAGCGAGCAAGAGACCAAAAUUGGAUCAAAUUCCAGCUGCCAAUCUCGAUGCAGACGAUCCCGUUGAUGGCGAUUCAUCGGAUUCCGAUGAUUCAGACGAUGACACAGCUGCCCUCCUUGCGGAGCUGAAUAAGAUCAAGCGUGAACGGGCACAGGAUACAAAUCGUCGGGAGACACUGCGCAAGCAGGAAGAGGAACGAAUCAGAAUGGAGAAUAUCCUCUCGGGAAAUCCCCUGCUGAACUACAGUGCAGCCCCGCGUGGGGAUCUCAAGGUGAAGAGACGAUGGGACGAUGACGUAGUGUUCAAGAAUUGCGCCAGAUACGAACCAAGCAAACGAGCACCGGCAUUCAUCAAUGAUUCCUUACGUUCGGAAUUUCACAAGAAAUUUAUGGAUAAGUACAUUAAGUAGAUUAUAAUAAGCAUAACAAUAUAAGAUCGCGCAAUGACUCCUCCAUAUAUCAGAAUAAAUUUUGCUGGUAAAUUUA